CAGAUCCGCCACCCGAUCGCACGUGCCCGCGCCGCACCUAACCGCCGGCUCACCAGGCUACCUCAACUUCCAGCGCCCGUUUCACGGCGACCGGAAGGUGCGCCGCGCGUAACCACUUCCACCGACUUUAAAAACACGCCGCGCCGCUCCCGCAACAGAAGCCGCACAUCAGGCACCCGCCGUCCCCGAGUCCAUAUGGCACCCGCCGCGUCCUCGCCGGCGCCGCACGUGGCCGUGGUGGCGUUCCCGUUCAGCUCCCACGCGGCGGUGCUGCUCGCCUUCGCGCGGGCGCUGGCCGCCGCCGCGGCGCCCGCGGGGGCCACGAUCUCGUUCCUCUCCACCGCGUCCUCCAUCGCGCAGCUCCGCAGGGCCGCCGGCGGCGCUGGCGGGAUGCCGGGGAACCUGCGCUUCGUGGAGGUCCCGGACGGGGCGCCGCCUCCCGCGGCGGAGAGGGCUGCAGUCCCGGUGCCGCGGCAGAUGGAGCUGUUCAUGGCCGCCGCGGAGGCCGGAGGGGUGGAGGCCGGGCUGGAGGCGGCCCGCGCCGCGGCGGGCGGGGUCAGGGUGAGCUGCGUGGUGGGCGACGCGUUCGUGUGGCCCGCGGCGGAGGCGGCCGCCGCGGCGGGCGCGCCGUGGGUGCCCGUGUGGACAGCCGCGUCGUGCGCGCUCCUGGCGCACCUCCGCACCGACGCGCUCCGGGCCGACGUCGGCGACCAGGCCGUGAGCAGGGCGGAUGAGCUGCUGGUGUCGCACCCGGGCCUCGCCAGCUACCGCGUCCGCGACCUCCCUGACGGCGUGGUCUCCGGCGACUUCAACUACGUCAUCAGCCGCCUCGUCCACCGCAUGGGCCAGGUCCUCCCGCGCGCCGCCGCCGCCGCCGUCGCGCUCAACACCUUCCCGGGCCUGGACCCACCCGACGUCACCGCUGCCCUCGCCGAGCUGCUCCCCAACUGCCUCCCGCUCGGCCCCUACCACCUCCUCCUCCCCAAGGACACCACCGCCGCCGCCGCCGCCGCGCCUGCAGCCGACGACCCACACGGCUGCCUCGCCUGGCUCGACCGCCACCCGGCGCGCUCGGUGGUGUACGUGAGCUUCGGCACGGUGGCGUCCCCGCGCCCCGACGAGCUCCGUGAGCUGGCGGCGGGGCUGGAGUCCUCCGGCGCGCCGUUCCUGUGGUCCCUCCGCGAGGACUCGUGGCCGCUCCUCCCGCCAGGUUUCCUCGACCGCGCCUCCGCCGCCGGGUCCGGGGGGCUCGUGGUGCCCUGGGCGCCGCAGGUGGCCGUGCUGCGCCACGCCGCCGUGGGCGCGUUCGUGACGCACGCCGGGUGGGGAUCGGUGAUGGAGGGCGUGGCGAGCGGCGUGCCCAUGGCGUGCCGCCCCUUCUUCGGGGACCAGCGGAUGAACGCGCGGUCCGUGGCGCACGUGUGGGGGUUCGGCGCGGCCUUCGAGGGCGCCACGAUGACGCGCGCCGGGGUGGCCACCGCCGUGGGAGAGAUGCUCCGCGGGGAGGAAGGGGUGAGGAUGAGGGCCAGGGCGCGGGAUCUGCAGGCCGCCGUGGCCGCCGCGUUCGCGCCCGGCGGCGCGUGCAGGAGGAACUUCGACAAGUUCGUGGAGAUCGUCUGCCGCGCUUAAAAGUCAUCUGAAGAAUGUUGAGAUGAAUGCUGCUUCAGUUCUUUGUGGAUGUACACCUGGAUCAUUUCGUCGUCAUUUCACGGCCAUUCCUAAUUUCCUAUCACCAUGGCUCGUUCCGUUUCUGGUCGUCAGCUAGGAGUCGAUGUCACACGUUGUGUGCCCGGUGAAGUCCGGUCAUGGCGACGAGCUUCCUGGGGGCAUGCAAAUCGAGCUCUCAGUUUUCUUUCGUUUUUGGACGUGCUAACAGUCGAUCGCCCAUCAGACGAUUGGAAGUGCUACAUUCCCCUA